AUGAGCCAUAACAAUAAUAACGACGGUAAUAUUGAAGGAGAUAUUUCCGAAUGUCCAGUAGAUGAAGAAACCAGAUUAAAAUGGUUAGAACAAAAUAUGAAAGUUAAUAAAUCGCUCAAUGAGGAUAAGCUUUCAAUGGAGAGAGAAAUUUCAGGUAUACCACGUACUGGACAAAAUGGUCAAAAAUGGAUAUAUCCAUCUGAGCAACAAUUUUAUGAUGCCAUGGCCCGUAAAGAUUUAAAUGCUGAUAAGAUGGAUAUGAAGACGGUAAUACCCAUUCAUAAUAAUAUUAAUGAAAGAGUUUGGAAUUAUAUUAAGCAAUGGGAAAACGUUUCGAGUAAUAAUAGUCAAGAUAGUGAUGAUGUCAAUGCGUUAUCGUUAACAUCGUUUAAAGGAGAUUCGCAUAAGAUUACACCAAGAGCCUGGAUAAGACAUUAUAUUUUUGGAAUGGAUCUUCCAUUUGACAGACACGAUUGGCAGAUUAAUCAUAAAAAUAGUAGUAAUAGUAGUAAUGUUAAAAUUGAUUAUGUUAUUGAUUUCUAUAUGAAUAAACAAGAAGGAGUUUAUUUAGAUGUACGACCAAAAUUAAAUAGUUUUGAAGGUUGUAAGAGGAGAAUAUUACAUCUUUUGGGGUUAUAA